AGUCCCUCCAUAAGCCAUGCAUAUCGUAUAUCUGGAUGCUUCAUGCUUCAUGCUUCAUGCUUCAUGCUUAUCAGGUUCGCCGUCGGCAUCAGUCCGGCGGAGGUGAUAGGCGGCUGUUACCCCUCGUAGAGAAGGAGCGCAAUCAUGGCCAAUAAACUUAUGGACACAGGUCAUCUCUUCAUCUUGGUGCUUCGGUACAUUAUUGCAACGCCAUGCUGUUGGGAACCAGCACGUGAAUUGAAAUCAUGGGACUGCUGUGUAGUCGAUCCUUCCAGAGUUGAGCAUCCUGCCCAUUAUCGGCUAUACUAUUGAAGAUGGCAGACUCUGUGCCGCCAAAGCUGGACCUUGACUGGACCGAUAUUGCGGCGAAAGCGCAGACCCGACUCAUCAACUCAAUACCUUCGGAAUGGCGUCUGUCGCACGACAAGCUGCCACCUCCAGAGCAGCUCGAUGUGACUGGCUUUCCAGCCAAGUGCGGCUUGCUCAGCGAAACGGAGUUGAAAAUUACAGAUAGCUACGCUACUGACAUCGUUGGCGCUGUAGCGGCUGGAGAAUGGACCGCGGAGGAAGUCAUGAGAGCGUUCUGUAAACGAGCUGCGAUUGCCCACCAGCUUACAAACUGCUUGACGGUCAUCAUGUUCGACGCUGCGCUAGCACAGGCUAAAAAGCUCGACGAGAUCUUCUCUCGUACAGGAAAGACGGUCGGGCCUCUGCACGGACUGCCCGUCAGCAUCAAGGACAACUUUAACAUUCCGGACUACCCUUCGUCAGUCGGCUUCUGCUCGUGGGCUCUAGAACCGAUGCGCGAAGAAAGCACUAUUGUCAAAAUCCUGCGUGAGCUCGGCGCUAUUCCGUUCGUGAAAACCAAUGUACCAACCGCGAUGAUGAUCGCAGAAUCUGUCAACAACUGCUACGGACGAACGGUCAACCCUCUCAAUCGUGCUUUGACUUCCGGAGGUAGCUCGGGUGGCGAGAGCGCACUGAUAGCGAUGCACGGUAGUCCGUUAGGACUCGGUACAGACAUAGGCGGUUCGCUUCGCAUACCCGCCGCAUGCACUGGUAUCUUCACGAUUCGACCGUCGUAUGGCCGUUUUCCUCACUUCGACGCUCGAACGGGCAUGGCCGGGCAGGAAGCUAUCGGCUCUGUACAUGGCCCCAUGGCACGAAGCGUAGCCGACCUCAGACUCUUCACAGAGAAUGUGGCCAAUUAUGGCCCAUGGCUGAAAGAUCCGAAAUGCAUCCCCCUUCCAUGGCGGACAGUACAGCUCAAACCGAAACUAAAGAUUGCCGUCUUGUGGGAUAACGGUAUGGUCCAUCCCACUCCACCCGUACAGCGGGCGCUACGUAUUGUUGCGAAGAAGCUGAAAGGCCGGGGUUACGAACUCGUUGAUUGGGCGCCGGACGGGCAUGCGGAAGCUAUGAAUCUGAUGGGCGCUUUCUUCAUUGCCGAUGGCGGCAAGUCAGUUCGUAAGAUACUCGAAGCUUGCGGUGAGCCGUUCAGACCGGAAAUGCAGACAUACGAGUCGGCCAAAGAGCUAGGUGUGUUCGACCUUUGGCAGCUACAGAAGCAGCGUACGGCAUUGUGCAAACGAUACCUCGACCGGUGGGCGGCCUGCAAAGGACUCGACGCGAUACUGAGUCCGACCACACCGUAUGCUGCACCGAAGAGCGGCGAUUUCAAGACUGUUACGUACACUGGUGUUUUCAAUAUUCUUGACUACUCAGCGACCAGCUUCCCUACUGGUGUGAUUGCGGAUGAGUGGGAUGAUCUGUAUCCUUCCGACUUCAAGGCCUAUAGUGAGAUUGAUGAGGUGACAAAGAAGGAUUACGAGUCCGCAGAUGUGCAUGGGAUGCCGGUAAGCUUGCAAUUAGUAGGCCGAAGGUUAGAGGAUGAGAAGAUCAUGGCGAUUACCGAACGAGUGGUACAGGAUAUAGCUCCCUAAGUCAAUAAUUCCCUUCAACCGAUCAACGCCUCGCUAAGUGCGCUUGCAAGUGUGACUGUAACGAGAUGUCGGAAGUACGGUGCUAUGAAGCCUCGUCAAUCUGCCGC